AUGACUAUGAAAACGUGGACAGGACGGAGCCUUCUAUCUGCUAUCCUAGUAUUGCAAGUUGCAUCCUUCAAACAUGAAUGCAAACUACCACUUUAUUCGUUUCAAGAAGCCUUCAAGGUGUUUGCGAUUGUACCUCAAGUCAUCCCAGUAGCGCCGAAAGCACCGCUUAUAAGAUACUACGGUGACUACAAAUUGCGUUUUGGGAACAGAAUACCCGUCGCAGUCACUAACUCCCUCUCGCUGUACUCAAGCUGGCCCAACGUGGACGCUAAUGCACUAUAUACUAUGAUUACUUCUGAUUUGGAUUAUCCCCAAUUUUACUUCAACGAGGGCGUGCAGUUCAUAAACGGGAUCAUAGUGAACAUUCCGGGCGCCAACUACAGCCGGGGCGAGAGGAUCAUCGGCUACCACCCCCCCUCACCCCUGCCGGGUGCCGGGGACAAUCGGAUCCUGACACUGGUGUGUGAACAGAAGACAGGAAGGAUUGAUAUCACAACGGAAUUAAUAUUGAGGUAG